UGAUACGACUCCUUUUUCUCCUCUUUAGCCAUCAUCUCUCUAUCUCUCCAGCAUCAUCAUCGCUCUUCUUCUUCCUUAUUUGUUCGCCGGCAAAAUCACAGCCGUCCGAUUAACCCGCCUAUAUACUCGCGACAAGAUCUCUUAAGAUCACAUCACUUGUCUGAUUCUCACCACCUCAGAUCUCCGACAACACUCCGGUAACUAACUAUCUCUAGCUCUUGUUUCCAUCUCGCGAGAUUGCGAAAAUGAGGUUGCUUGAUCCAAGCGAGUCAUAGCAGAAGAAGAAGAAGCUCUCCUUAAGGUUUUGGGAUUUGAAUUUGAAUAAUUAGGGUUUUGAUUCCUCCUCAGGUGCAUGCUUGUGAAUCUCUCUCUCUCCUAGGGUUUGUUAGUUAGGGUUGGAUAUAAAGUGUGUAGCUUUCAGCUAUGUUUAAGAAGAUCAUGAAAGGUGGGCACAAAAAGCCCUCUAAAUCCGAAUCCAACGACCCUUCAAGCUACGGUCUUGGUGGUUCCAAUGUGGUCGUUAGCCACGCUUCACGCGGCGGCGGAGCGCUGGUUACUUCUCCAAUGACAGCCACUCCUCCUCCUCCUAUAACCUCGGUGUCCCCGCUCCCUCUCUUCAGGGACGUUCCCGUUUCGGAGAGGCAAGCUUUGUUCCUGAGGAAGCUUCAGAACUGCUGUUUCCACUUCGAUUUCGCCGACGCUAGCAAGAACAUCGCUAGAGAGAAGGAGAUCAAGAGGCAGACGCUGCUGGAGCUGGUGGAUUUCGUACAGUCUGGAUCUAGCAAGAUCAUCUCCGAGUCGUGUCAGGAGGAAAUGAUCAAGAUGGUUUCUCUCAAUCUCUUCCGGUGUCUCCCUCCUGCUUCCCACGAGAAUACAGGGCAAGAGCCCGCGGAUCCCGAGGAGGAAGAGCCUUAUUUGGAACCCUCUUGGCCUCAUUUGCAGCUGGUCUACGAGUUACUACUAAGAUACGUUGUUUCCACUGAUACUGACACCAAAGUGGCUAAACGGUAUAUCGACCAUUCUUUUGUGUUGAAGCUGCUUGACUUGUUUGAUUCUGAAGAUCCUAGAGAGAGGGAGUACUUGAAAACGAUCCUCCAUAGAAUCUACGGGAAGUUUAUGGUCCACAGGCCCUUUAUUAGGAAAGCAAUCAACAACAUUUUCUAUAGGUUUAUCUACGAGACGGAGAGACACAGUGGGAUAGGAGAGCUCUUGGAGAUACUAGGGAGUAUCAUAAACGGGUUCGCGCUGCCUAUGAAGGAGGAGCACAAGCUGUUUCUCGUCAGGGUGUUGAUACCAUUGCAUAAGCCCAAACCAAUAGGGAUAUAUCAUCAGCAGUUGUCUUAUUGCAUCGUUCAGUUCGUGGAAAAGGAUUAUAAGCUAGCGGAUACGGUGAUCAGGGGGUUGUUGAAGUAUUGGCCCGUGACGAACUGCACCAAGGAGAAUCUCUUUCUUGGGGAACUUGAAGAAGUUCUUGAGGCUACGCAGCCUGUUGAGUUCCAGCGUUGCAUGGUUCCGUUGUUCCAACAGAUUGCUCGCUGCCUCAAUAGCUCUCACUUUCAGGUUGCAGAGAGAGCACUGUUCCUGUGGAACAACGAGCACAUAGUGGGUCUAAUCGCGCAGAGCCGAAGCGUAAUCCUUCCAAUAAUAUACCCGGCACUUGAGAAGAACAUCCAGUCUCACUGGAACCAAGCGGUUCACGGUCUAACCGCAAAUAUCAAGAAGAUGUUCAUGGAAAUGGAUCAUGAGCUCUUUGAAGAUUGCCGGAGACAGUAUGAAGAGAAACAAGCCAAAUCCAAAGAAGUUGAAGAACAACGCCAGUUUACAUGGAAGAGAUUAGCUGAAGCAGCAGCUGAGCGAGACGGAGUUGGAGGAGGAGAAGAUUAUAUGAUCACUUCCUAGAUCAGUAACAAAAAUGGUAUUUACUCUAAGUCUCACUUUUUUUUUGUUUUUUCUCUCAAAUUAAUCAAAAUCGGUUACUAUUAAAAUCUUUUUCCAAUGUAUAAACUUCCGAUUUGUUUUUUUUGUUGUGAGAAUAUCGAUUCUGAUUCUGGUUGCUCAGAGAAAUAGUACAGAGAAGUGAGCUAAACACUAUCGGAGAAUGUGUCUUUUGUCUGUACGGAUCGUGGUUUAGUACUAAGAAUGUAUUUGCGAUC